AUGUCUGUUCAUGGACAAGUUAAAGUUCGAACAUCAGCUGAACAAAAAGCUGCACGAGAACGUCAACGAGCAGAAAAACUUCGAUUAUAUUUAACACAAUAUGAAUCUAUAUUAAAUAAUCGUCAUUUAAUUGAUAGUUUUCAGCUUUUAAAACAAACAGAAAAUAUUCUUAUUGAUCAUCCGGAUUGUUUUACACUUUGGAAUAUUCGAAGAGAAUCAAUAAUUAAAUUAAAUGAUGAUCAAUUAAAAGAAUAUUUAGAAAAAGAAUUACAAAUUACACAAAUAUGUCUUAAAUCAAAUCCAAAAUCUUAUUCUUGUUGGUAUCAAAGACAAUGGUGUUUAAAAUUAUUAAAAGAAAUAUUUAAUUUGAAUCUUUAUCAAAAUGAAUUACAAUUGUGUAAAAAAUAUUUAGGUUAGUCAUUUUCAAAAUAAAACAAAAAUCAUCUUUUAAUUAUAAAUUUUUUCUAUAGAAUAUUUUAUUUAUCGUCAAAAAUAAUCUUUUACUUCUUUUUAAAUUUCUUUAUAUUGUUUUGAAUAAAACUUAAUAAGAAAAGUUAUGACUUUAAAUUUUCAAAUUGUUCGAAAAGCAAUGAAUAUAAAAAAUGUUUUUUGUUAUUUCUUUAUUAGUUUUCUCUUUUCAUAGUAUAUUUAUGCUUUUUUUUUCGACGUACGGUUCACAUCAUGUUAGUUAUCUAUAUUUUAGUGUUUGAGACUCAAAGAUUUUAUUUCUUAUUAUCGACAAGAAACAAAAUUAUGUAUUAGACAUAGACACAUAAUAUACAAAUUUAAAAACAAAAAAAAAAUUAGUUCUUAUAUUUUGACGAUGCAGAAACAAAAGAAAACGUCACCAGUAAACAUCCAGUGAGCAAAGAAUAAAAAAUAUUUUUCAAGAUCUAGUUGAUAAUCUAAGAAAAAAAUAAAUUAUUUUCAUGUUUUGUUUGAUAAUAUAUAUAUAUAUAUGUAUAUCUGCUCUUUUUUGUGUACUCAAAAAGUGAGUACACUCUAGAAUCGGUCAGUGUGUCCGGCCGUCCGGCCGGCC